GUGGCUCAAUCUUACCUUGAACUCGCUACCGUCGAGACUUCGCCAUUGUGAAGUGCUUACGACAAAAGAACAAACGACCGAUCCGCGAGACUUUAUGUAGUUGGAUUUACUUAAGUGAGUGCGGGUGCGAGAUUUAAUUUUAUUUUACGUGCGAUAAAGUGAAGUGAAACAUUCAAAAACGGACGACAUUUGAUCAGGAAGUGGUGUUUGAUCAAUGAUUGAUUAAGUGUGAAAGUGGCAAUUAAAUUCCUUUCUCUAAUUCCAUUAUUCUGCAUGCGAUUUUUUCGCGCAAAGCUAAAUUUAAAAAUAAUGGGUUCACAUGCAAUAUUGGUGUUAGCAGUUCUGCUGCCGCUAAGUGUAUUAGCACAAGAAACUAGAGAAAUAUCGCCAUACAUAGAUAUAGUAUUCUGCCCUGCAAAAUCACAACCAUGGAGUUGUGCGCGGCAGCAAUCCGGACGGAUAUUAAACUUAUGGAGUGAUCAGUUAGACUCAGAAUGGCAGAAAUUAAAAGUUGAAGCAGAUCAACAGUUCAAUGCUACACUGGAAAGACGAGGCUAUAGCCAAUCAGAAAAUUUAACCAAAGAAAAGCCAUCGACACUUUUGAAGAGAAUCGAAUUGGGAACAAAUUAUAUGAAGGACUAUCUUGCGUAUACAUUUGAUGGAUUCCUAGGACGACAAUACUACUCUGAUGUGGACCGAGAUGAAGAUGUUGAGUUAAGUGACGAAUUUGUUGAUGUUGAAGUAACUCGUGGCAAAAAGAAGAAGAAGAGGAAGGCUCUUAUGAAAUUAGCAUUGCUUGGAGGAUUUUUGAAAGCAAAAAUUGAACUUUUGCUUAAAAUUCUUGGAACUCACCUGCAAAUUAAAUUUUUGGCCAUAGCAGCUGUGGGUCUUUUAAUUAAUAUCGCACGAUUUUGGAUUGAUCUUAAACGAGGAGGAGGUGCUCCACAAAAGGUUGUCUAUGUUGAACAUGCCCACCAUCAGCAUCAUUAUGAGGACCAUGGUGACGAUUGGGGUGAACAAGGAAAUGGUGGAAGCUAUUGGAAACGAUCCAUACAAACUGAUCCAGCUCCAAUUCCAGAACAAACAUCUGAUAAUAUUGGUUAUUAUCAUCCUUAUCAAUCAUCAAAUGAUCCAAGUUAUAUGGCCUAUCAUUCUCAACUUCCUUCGUAUUCAUAAGUAUUAACUUAAAAUUAUACUUCCGGAUUUCCGGAUUAAUUUAUUCAAUUUAAAAAGAAAAAGAAAAAACAUAAUGUCAAUUUUAUAUUAUUUAUUUAUAUUAUAGUGUAAAUUAUUACUUUUUUAAAAAAAGAAAAACAAAUGUUAUUUUAAGUUUAAUUUAUUGAAAAAAAAUCAUAAUAAAACAAUCA